AUGGAGAUGCUGCAAGACAUUGCCAAUCGGCAGCGCAGCACCCUGGAUGUGGAUCUGGACGACCUGGAUGGGUUCAGCAAGGACCCGGAGCUGGUGGAGCACGUGGAGGGCAACACGCAGCAGUACCUGCGCCUGCUGGCCGAGGCGGCUGACAACAUCAUGCCUGCCCCCACAGAUGACAACCUGCCAGAGGACGUGUUUGAUGUGCUGCUGGACCAGCGGCGGCGGGCUCAGGAGAUGACGCGGGCGCAGAUGGAGGUGGAGGGGCGGGGGGAGCAGCAGGACCCCAACUUUGCGCUGCCGCCCAGCCUGCUGCGCCGCUACGAGGUGCUGGUGCGUCCGCGCAGCAAGAUGGCGCGCCGCACGAUGCGCGACAUCUCCGCAGACUGCAUCGGCUCGCUGUGCACCUUCCGGGGCAUCGUCACGCAGGUGUCUGAUGUGCGGCCGCUUCUGACUGUGGCCACAUACCUGGACGACCAGACCGGGUUUGAGAUCUACCAGGAGGUCAGCGGCAAGAGCUUCAACCCGCUCCAGGAGGCGCCCGACGAGGUGAAGAAGAUGAAUGGCGGCAAGAGUGAGCUGUUCAUGCAGGUGCGCGGCUCCAAGUUUGUCAAGUACCAGGAGUGCAAGAUACAGGAGUCGCCCGACGAGGUCCCCCAGGGCUCCACGCCGCGCACGCUCAUGGUGCACCUGCGCGGCAGCCUGACGCGCAGUCUCAAGGCGGGCGGCAGCGUCACGCUGUCGGGCAUCUUCCUGCCGGAGCCGUACACGGGGCAGCGCGCCAUGCUGCGCGCCUCGCUGCUGACCUCGACCUACAUGGAGAUGCUGCGGGCGUACAUCGCGGCCGCCAAGCAGUACGACCCCUUCGUGCCGGAGGGCCUCACCGACUACCUGGCAGCGGUGUAUGCCGAGAUGCGGGCGGAGGAGGCGGCCUCGGAUGUGCCCCACUCCUACACCACCGCCCGCACGCUGCUGUCCAUCCUGCGGCUGUCGCAGGCGCUGGCGCGCCUUCGGUUUGCGGACGCCGUGGAGCAGAGCGAUGUGGACGAGGCGCUGCGGCUGCUGAAGAUGAGCAAGGCCAGCCUGUACGACGACGCGGGGGUGGAGCGGGCGGUGGACCCCAUCUCCCAGAUCUUCUCCCGCAUCCGCCAGCACGCGGAGCGCACCAAGCGCGACGCCUACUCCUGGGCAGACCUGCUGGACUUCCUGGGCACGUCGUUCAAGCCCGAGCAGAUCCGGCAGUGCCUGGUGGACUAUGCCUCCAUCAACGUGUGGCAGCUGGCUGGCGCCGACAGCGAGGCGCCCAGCAUCGCGCUGGCGGCGGCUUGA